GCCCUGCCACGUAAUUAGGGCUCCUCAACCCUCUGUCCUUCAGAACCGAGUCUCAUUUACUCUCCCGCAGCCGAACAGGGCGGACUGAGACCCGGAGAGAAAGUGUGUGUUCUGUGUAUGUUGUGUGGCGCGUGUGUGUGUGUGUUGGCAUGUGUAUGUGGGUUGGAAAACGUAGAGAUCAUCAUCAUCAUCAUCAGAGCUGGUGUUUACUCCACCAAAACUUUGCAGCAGAUGCUGAAGAACUUCGGAGCGCUGGAGACCUGGAGAAGCGCUUUCACUUUAUCCAAACGGAUUUCUGACUUCGGAUCUGGCAGAAAGAGUGAAGAUACAUCAGAGAAAUAGAUCGUAACAGAAGAAGAAGAAGAAGGAGAAGAAGAAGAAGAAGGAGAAGAAGAGCGCAGUUCACGCUUGUUGCGGCGCGCUCCCGGAAAGCCGCCGCCGUUUGAGAAGUCAUGACUUCUGGCUAUGCAGCGCAUGUGAUGGACAGAGCGAUCACCGCGGCCAACCUGGACCAUUUCCACGCCAAGAAGAACUUCUCCGUGAGCCACCUGCUGGACCUGGAAGACGCGCGGGAGAUGGCCGGAGCUCAGGCCGAGGAGAGCAGCGCUGAGGCGGGCACAGGAAGCCUGGAGUCUCCGGGGCUCACCAGCGGCAGCGACACUGCACAGCAAGAUAACGAGCAGCUAAACACAGAGGAGAAGAAGAAGAGGAAGCAGAGGAGAAACAGGACCACGUUUAACAGCAGUCAGCUGCAGGCGCUGGAGCGGGUGUUUGAGAGGACGCAUUACCCAGAUGCCUUCGUCAGGGAGGACCUGGCACGCAGGGUUAAUCUCACCGAGGCUCGCGUACAGGUGUGGUUUCAGAACAGAAGGGCUAAGUUCAGACGUAACGAGCGAGCGCUGCUGGCAAAUAAAAAUGCCUCGCUGCUCAAAUCCUACUCCGGAGACAUGACAUCCGUGGAGCAGCCGAUCGUACCACGGCCGGCUCCGAGGCCAAGCGAGUACCUGUCCUGGGGAAGCUCACCUCCAUACAGCGCCAUGGCCUCCUACUCACCAUCAUGUGCCAACAACACAACGCAGGGCGUGAACAUGGCCAACAGCAUCGCCAACCUGAGGCUGAAGGCCAAGGAGUACAGCAUGAACCAGGUGCCAACCGUCAACUGAGAGAGGAAAGGAAACGAACUAUGAACGAUGGAGCAAUGUGGCACCAAUCUGCCACCAUCCUCAACAAAGACCUUUCACACAAACACUUUCUCUGUGUGGAACUCCGAGGCUGGGAAGGAAAACAUGUUUAAAGAAAACUUCUAAAAGUGCUGGUUGACGUCAAUGGCGGUAUAUUUCUUUUUUUUUUUGGCAAAGAAACCUCGACUAGACCCCACUCUGGAAAAAUGUGAAAUGGAAAUUGUGUUUUGACGCUUGCUAUGGCCAUCGCUACUCCAGACGGAAACCUUACUCUAGAGUUCUGGAGCCUGAAGCAGCUUCAUGGAUGAACUUUUUGGAAUGUAGCAAUGCAAAUCGUAUGAACAUUCAAAGGAGAGCUUUCAGGACUUUCCCUUGAUUUCUCCUGGGAUGUAAUCAAAACCAAAGCUUGGACCUUUUUAAAAAAAAAAAAAAAAAGAAAGAAUAAUAUACCUUUUGUAGUGAAUAUAUUAAGUUUUCACAUUUAUUUUUGGGGUUUAUGUGACUGACAUGCAUUUUAUAAGUAUGUCAGAACAUGCAUUGUUCUCCACAAACACACACAUGCAGUGUAACACCACAAGCUACACACAUUGUACACACAUGAAUAUACACAACACUUUGCCAACUUGGAUAUGUUUGUAUUAAAAAUAAAAAACACUAGGCUUGAAAGUUUGACCAAUCAGAGGUCUUGCUUAAAUAUUUAGCAUACAUAUGCAUUUGUACGAGGUGUUUGGCACCAAGUCUGUGAGGGGGGCGUGGCUUCUAUGUGGUUCAAGCGCUGGCCUUAUCUAAUGUUGCCUAAAUGGAUUACUUCUCUUUUAAGGCUCACCUUGUUUUCUGUACUUCAAUUUUGAAUUAGGUGAGCGGGGAGAGAGGAGCAAGGCGUGGCCAGAAUAGAAGGCAUGUCAUGCACAUGCUACAUGAUUAUCCAUUCAUAUAUAUCUUUUAAUUUAACUCAGAAUUUGUGGGUGUCAGUUUUGGGGGAAAGAGGCCUGUUUGUCAGUCUAUAAAGAGGUGUGGCCUGUGUGUGUUAGUCUACAAGGAGGCGUGGCCUGAUUGUCGAGCAGGCGUGGCAUGUGUUUUAAUCUGUGAGGGGGCGUAGCCUGUGUGUGUUAGUCUAUAAAGAGGCGUAGCCUGUCAGCCUAUAAGCAGGCAUGGCCUGUUUGUCAGCAUACGAGGAGGCGUGGCCUGAUUGUCAGUCUAUGAGAGGCGUGGCUUGUGUGUCUGAAUCAAUAAGUGGGUAUGGGUCAUUCAAAAAGUAGGUGUGUUCUCUGUAUACAGAGUUCAGUAUUGUAUAUUUUCUUUGCAUUAUAAUCACAGCGUUUGCUAGAAAGUUUUUUCUUUACGAUUUUUCUAUGACAAAUUUUCGUUCAUAUUUUGAGUUGCUUUCAACUUUCAAUGUUGUAUAAUGGCCAUUUGUUUGCUCCCGCUUUGCUUUGUUUAAAAGAAAUGAAGCAAAAAGUUAAAAACAAAGAGAAAGCAGAGUAUGUAAAUACAUUCUUGGUUAAGUAGGCAUGGCCUGUGUGCCUGUCAGUCUCAGUCCAGUAAAAGAAAGUGUGGACGGUGUGCCUCUCAGGUCCAGUGAAGGAGGAAUGGCUUGUGCUUGUCAAUCGCAAUCCAAGUGAAGGAGUCAUGGCCUCUGUGCCCCUCAGCCUUAAUGACACCCUGUCAGUCACAGCUCAGUCAAAAUAAACAAAUAUUUCAUUUAAAUGUAUCUUCAUUAUGGAUCACUGACCACGUUAUAUAUCUAUAGUGUAUAAUGCAAUAAAUAUGCACCUCCUCCUGAAUUAACAUGGUACAUGGUGUGGCUCAUACAUACGAAUUCAAUACAAAUCAUGCAGUGUGUGUGUGUGUGUGUGUGUGUGUGUGUGUGUGUGUGUGUGUGUGUAAAAGUGAGGCCUUUACCUUUGCCUUUUCCUAUUUUGUAUAUGGCCUGAGUAUAUCCGAACCUGUAAUAUUCUUAUGCAAUAAAACAUCUGCGAGCUGCAUAA